AUGCCAAUGCUGCAGUUAUUAUGUCUUUCUGGAAAUAUUCUAAAUUUGCUCAUCUAUCGAUUACCUUACUUUCAAGGCAGUACAUCAGUUCAUUUCCUGAAAGUAAAAGCUUACGCUAAUUUGGUGUUCGUUGAAUCCAGAGUUCUUGAGGUGAUACAUGCGUGGAAUGUGCAUGCUGAUCCUGCAUUUGAAACAUUUUAUUGGUACACGAAACCAUAUGUCAUUACAAUGGCUAGCAUAAGCGGUACAGUAUCCACAUGGAUGACAUUAGUGAUAACAAUUGAAACGGUGCUCUGUGUAUUAUUACCAUUUUAUUUUCGUCAAAUUUGCACAAAACGAUUAAGUUUGAUAAUACUAUUUUGCUUCGUGCUAUGCAGCAUUUUCCUGCAUAUACCAUUUAUAUUCAGUCAAACAGUUAUCAGCAGCCCGAUAUUAAAGGAAUUGGAAAAUCGACAAUAUAAUAAUAGGGAACCAUUUUAUGAGUAUAUACAAAAAACAUAUUAUUGGUUGCAAAUAACACUAUCUAUUCUUAUCCCAAAUAUUGCUAUGCUGAUAUGCUCUAUAUUAAUCGUCGCGCAAUUUAGUUUCAAGAAUCACAACGAAUCAUUUAGUCAACGACGAAAAUGUGUGAUUAGGAUGACAGUUGCGACAACACUGUCACAUCUUUUACUGGAAGGACCGGCACUAUUAACAUUUGCUGCUGUUGCAAGAAAAGGUGCGAAUAGUUCAGAUCAUGGCAAUAAUAUUUGUAUAUUAGCACAUGGUAAUAAUUUACUAUCAGUAAUUAAUGCUGCAACGCCAUUUUUUGUGUUUCUUGCAUUUAACGAGCAAUUUCGUCGUAUGUCAUUAGUAUUCAUACAAGUUCACUUCAUACCACGACGAUUUAUGAAGAAAACAUCGGUGCCAUCGCAUAAGCUACAUGGUAUUAGUUCAUCCGUAAAACUGAUCAAUAAUGCCAGUUCAUUUCCAAGCAAUUAUACACAUUUGUAA